UAUAUCUAUUACAUUUUAUAGAUAUUAUAUAAUUUUAUUUUAAUAAUGGGAGAUGAAUGAAUCACAGUAAGAUGUUUAAGGUAAAACAUUUCACUGUUUUUUGUAAGUACUUUUUCAGUAUCAGUUAAAGGGAAACUGUUACCACAGUUUGCUUUAUCAAGAAUCAGGAAGUAUUUUGAGAUCAGCAUUAGAUUAAAACAGUGUUGUUUUGAGUAGAAGACUAUAUAUUUUAGGUAUCUGAUUCGAAAACAUACUUGUCGGAAUUGUCUGGCUGGAUUAAUUUGCUAAUUUGAUCUUCUUCAUCAUUUGAUGUGAUGUCAGAUACUAAUAGCACAAUUAACUCAUCACUAAGUGCUCAUAUUACUUUAGCAUUUUUUAUGUCCUUACUAGCUUUUGCUAUAAUGCUAGGAAAUGCUGUGGUUAUUUUAGCUUUUGUGGUGGACAAAAACCUUAGACAUCGAAGUAGUUACUUUUUUCUUAACUUGGCCAUCUCUGACUUCUUUGUGGGUGUGAUCUCCAUUCCUUUGUACAUCCCUCACACAGUGUUCGAAUGGGAUUUUGGAAAGGAAAUCUGUGUAUUCUGGCUCACUACUGACUAUCUUUUAUGUACAGCAUCUGUGUAUAACAUUGUCCUCAUCAGCUAUGAUCGAUAUCUGUCAGUCUCAAACGCUGUUUCUUAUAGAACUCAACACACUGGGAUCUUGAAGAUUGUCAUUCUGAUGGUGGCCGUUUGGGUGCUGGCCUUCUUAGUGAAUGGGCCAGUGAUUCUAGUUUCAGAGUCCUGGAAGAAAGAAGAUAAUGAAUGUGAACCUGGAUUUUUUUCAAAAUGGUACAUCCUUGCCAUCACAUCAGUCUUGGAAUUCCUGAUCCCAGUCACCUUAGUCGCUUAUUUCAACAUGAAUAUUUAUUGGAGCCUGUGGAAGCGUGAUCAUCUCAGUAGGUGCCAAAGCCGUCCUGGACUGACCACUGUCUCUUCUAACAUCUGUGGACACUCAUUCAGAGGUAGACUAUCUUCAAGGACAUCUCUUCCUGCAGUGACAGAAGUGGCUGCAUCCCUUCAUUCAGAGAGACAGAGGAGAAAGAGCAGUCUUAUGUUUUCCUUAAGAACCAAGAUGAAUAGCAAUAGAAUUGCUUCCAAAAUGGGUUCCUUUUCGCAAUCAGAUUCUGUAUCUCUUCACCAAAGGGAACAUGUUGAACUGCUUAGAGCCAGGAGAUUAGCCAAGUCCCUGGCCGUUCUCUUAGGGGUUUUUGCUGUUUGCUGGGCUCCGCACUCUCUGUUCACAAUUGCUCUCUCAUUUCACUCCUCAGCAACAGCUCCUAAAUCAGUUUGGUACAAAAUUGCAUUUUGGCUUCAGUGGUUCAAUUCCUUUGUCAAUCCUCUUUUGUAUCCAUUGUGUCACAAGCGCUUUCAAAAGGCUUUCUUGAAAAUAUUUUGUAUAAAAAAGCAACUUCCACCAUCACCACACCGGUCAGUAUCUUCUUAAAGACACUUUUCUCACUUCUGUAAACUUUAGUCUUAAUCUCACCAAAAGGAAUUGGAUCUGACCUUUAUCUUAUCCUUUCCAUUCUACCAACAAAUCUGUACUUUGAAGUCAAUGGAAAAUUACUCCAGUGAAUAAUAGCAGUAUAAUGAAUUGACAAUAUUUUUGUAAACUUGUGGCCAUAAUAGUACUAUGUUGUUCUUAGUCAUCACCUCUUCCUUAUCUUUUAGAUGUUAAUAUCAUGUUGACUACAAAAAAAAUCCCCAAAAAUCCAGUUUUUGUUUUCUAUGUUCCAUGUAUAAUACAGUCUUAAGUGAGUUUCUCUUUUUUAUUUUGUAGUAAUAGAAACUUAUCCAGUUUGAAAAUCUUUCCCUAAAGCAUGCACUAGGAAAAAGAGCCUCCUGGCUGGGACUGCCCAACUCUCUUCUGAUCAGUGGGUGGGCGAGGUGGGGUUUGAGCUGGCAAGGGCAGGGAACAGGAAUAUGCCCAAGUGAGCUCCUGUGUGUUUCCAGAUUUCAUAUUCCUAAUUCCAGGAAGGGAGAAAGCAUAGUGUGGGAGAGGAAAGAGCUGAUGACUGCCGCUCUCAAAGGUCCUCAGUAAAAUUAUUUUGGAGGCACUGGUGGU